AUGGCAGCUGAGGCUACCGUCGCGGCAGCUUCAGUUGCUGCUACUGCCGCGGCAGCCUUGGAUGUCGCGAUAAGGCUAAUCUCUGAAGCGGUGUUGAUGUCCAUAGUAUCCUCUGUCGCCGGACCUUCCAACGCCGCCACACCGACCUCCAAUCCCACCGGCAACCGUCCAGUGGGCUCUCGGCUACCUGGCUUCGAUUUGGGGACUCUUGCUUUGAUAUCUCCUGUGCAAGGUAAGACUGCUUUCUUAGCUGUGUUCAGGUCUGGCAGUUGCUCAAAGAUUGGGCAAAAGUCGAGAAUGGAGGACGUGCAUAUCUGCAUUGAUAAUUUAGUGAGUCAUCUUGGAGCUUCUGUCAAUUUCCCAUCUCUUGUUAGAAUUCUGUUGUCAGAUACUGAGAUAAAGCAAUUAGUAUUUGCAGGUUUUGACGGACAUGGAGGAUCUAAUGCAGCUUACUUUGUGAAAAAUAAUAUCCUCAAUUACAUAAUUGACGACAAGGAUUUCCCUUGA